AUGCCCAAGCCCACGCCCAAGCCACGCCCUCCUCAUCUUCCUGUGCCCCGCGCGCUUCUCCGCUCACAUGCGCCGAGCGCCUCGGCGGACCCACAUGCCGCUGACCCCAGUGACCCCGAGCUGCGCUCUCAAGUCGUUAAGCUCACGCUCAUCAAUCUUCUCUCCCUGACGCUACUGUCGCUGUUCCCGCUCGUCCUGUCGCCCUUGUUUGCGCGCGAUGCGCAGCACGAUCUCUCUACCGUGACGGCCACGACGCGCGAGGUGCGCGGCUGGUUCAAUGCGCUACUCAGCUGGCCCCUCUUUGCCGUGUGCUUUUGGGUCAACGCGAUCUGGGGCCCGGGGAUUGCGCGCCGCGCGCAGGGCAUGAUGCAUCCCAGCUACCGCCAUCAACCCCUCCAUACCGGGCACACCACCGCUGCUCCGACACCCACCACUACGGAUCGCGUAUGGCUCACCCUCACCCGGCUCCUCCUAAUCGCCGACUUCACUCUCGUUGCGCGGUCCAUGGCGCUCAUCCCUGUCAUUGGAAGACUGUUGUCUAUCAGUUUCAUCAGCUUGAUUAAUUCCUACUACGCGUAUGAGUGGAUCUUCGUGUUACGGCAGUGGUCACUAGACACCCGUUGUGCGUACAUCUCGUCACGGGGGUGGUACAUGUUCGGCUUCGGCUUACCGGCGACGCUCCUGACGUCGUUUGGACCGCCCCUGAUCAACAUGGCGAUCUUCUCGUUGAUCUACCCCUUCUUCGUCAUCCAGGCCUUACAGAGCCGGCCGCCCAGCGCCUCCGUUCUCCCGGGCGGAACGGGCGCUGGCACGCCGGGCUCGGGGGCAAGCACGCCGACCAAGGAAACCCACACCUUCCACAGCCCGAUCCUUGGCGGCGGAGCAACCACUGCCGCGGCCACGGCAAGCCGCGUCCAAGUGCCAAUCUUCUUCUUUGCGCGGCAUGCGCUCACAGGACUGCGCUGGCUUGUGGAGGCGGGCGCACGCGAUCGCGGGGGCAGCACGCACGAGCGUGCUCUCGGUCGACGACAAUAG